UAUAUUAGGGCAGUUUAAUAAAAACAAUUAUAACAAAUUGUAUACAUCUAGAUGUGAGCAUUGCUCAACUGACAAGAUCAUUCAAGCGAAUACUUCCUUAGUUAGUCCAAGUAUCUAAGAAAGAAAUAUGUUUAAAGUAUUUAUUCUGGCCGUGAUUUUUAUGAGUAUUGGAAAUGCAUCAGCUCGUCGGAGGAAAAAUGUCGAAACAGGUCCAGGACCAGAGUUCAAAACACGCCCGACUAAACCAACAAAUGGGCGUCAGAAACCACCGGGUAUAGGAGUAGACGAUGAAGCAGUGUCUGAAACAACAACUACAGCAGGAAAACGACUUAGAGAAUCGCCAGAUAAAGAUGAAGCUGGUCCUGAGUCGAUCACGUCUCAUUCUCCAACGGAAUACUACUCGGGUUACGCUUGGAGAGCAUCUUACAAUACUUGCCUACAAGGCAACGGUGAUGUAACGGAAACAUUCACUAUAUCUGCAAGUAAAAAGGCAGAUGCUCCAGAGAAAUGUCUUCAGUUGUGUUGGAAGUCAUCAGAGUCAUGUUGGUCCGUAGACUACCGAGUAAAUACAGUUCCGAAUGACAAUACACAAUUGGUUGUCACGUGUAUUCUCUCGCAAGUGUCACUUGUUCAGGAUCAAUUUUCAGGAAAGGUAGAUGUGACGUGUUGUGAAGGUUGGGUGCAUUUUGAAAGGGUGUCAGGUUGGGUAUGGAAUGAAAAGCAAGAUGUUAAAAUCGACGGUACAAUGCUCAACGUGAAAUCCACGUACGCGGAAACGUUUGAAACGUGUAAGGAAGCGUGCGCUGCUGAGACAGAAUUUAUGUGUAUGUCUGUUGAAUGGAAAAAUGCUCCAAAACCAGCAAAAGAAAAAUCUAAAAAAAAUCGGUCAAAGUCGAAAGCACUCACUCUCCAGAAAAACUGUCACCUUCAAGCAAGGUGGAGGAGUUAUCCAGUACAAGAGUUUUCGAUAGAAGUCGGGAAUUCUUACGCGGAAAAAACAGUAGGUUGGGCUUGGACUUCAGUACAAGAAGCUUGUAUCACCGGACAUGACACAAAAAUGAUUGGCGGAGUUGCAAACAUCGAAGAUUGCAAAGAUCAUUGUCGCAACGAGUUGAAUUUUGUUUGCCGAUCCGUGGAAUACAAAGAUGGGACAUGUCGCUUGUCGCUGGCAGAUUCUUCAGAUGCGUUCAAUUAUAAGCAGCCAUGUGGAACUCCUGGCACGGAGUAUAGUCAGAAGAAUCUUUGAAUGGUCCAGAGAUCAACUCUUAGACUAUGCAGUUUCUUAGCAUUUUGUGACGUAUUCAUUUAAUAAAUUAUUUCCUACUGAACUGAUUAACUAUUCAAU